AUGAGCAGCCCUACGAAGAACAAGACGCCAUGGCGACUAUACCUGGCAGCUUCUUGGAUGGCCUUGGGUGCAAUUUUCUGGGGCUACGAUAUAGGUAUCGUUUCUACAAUAUAUGUGGCGCCAGGCUUCAAGAAGGCAUUAGACCAUCCUUCCUCCAAAGAAAUCGGGCUCAUCACCGCCAUCUACUACGCAGGUUCUUGGCCCGGAUUUGUCUUCGUCACCGGUCCCAUGAACCAGAAAUUUGGCCGUCGCUGGACGGGAUUCUGGGGUGUUGCUGUGUUAUGUGUUGGCGCAGCGUUGCAGGCUGGCGCAGUGCAUCUUUCGAUGAUGAUUAUCGGCCGCAUCAUAGCAGGCCUGGGCACUAGUCUGGUCGCUGCCGCUGUGCCACUUUAUCUCAGCGAGAUUGCACCAGCUGCUACGCGUGGAGCGUUUGGUGCCUUGAACCAGAUUGGCAUCGUUUCUGGCAUCAGCAUUGCAUUUUGGUGCGGCUACGGCUACAGCCACUGGACCGAGGGUCGCGGUGAAGACCUGCAAUGGCGUCUCAGCGUUGCCAUGCAAUUCAUCCCUGCCGUGAUCUUCUGUGCUUGCAUUGGGUUCUUUCCCGAGAGUCCUCGAUGGCUUUUGGAGCAAGACCGUCUUGAAGACGCCGCCAAAAGUCUUGCUCUGUUCCGAUGUAAUGCCACGCCUGAGGACCUGCAGGCAGAGUUGGACAGCAUACAUGAGAACAUUCUCUGGCACAAAGCGAACUCAACCACGUCUUCCAAGAUACUCUUCACUGAUAGGUCCUAUUUCGCCCGUCUAUGGCGAGCAUGGGUUCUCAAUUUCCUACAGCAGAUGAGUGGAGCAGCUGGCAUCCGAUACUAUUUACCAUCCAACUUCAAAGCAGCCGGGACAUCUGACGAGAUUGCACUGCUUGCCAGUGGUAUUGACGGCUCGGUACAAGUCGCAUGCACUGUUGUUGGCCUCUUACUUAUUGAUCGUGUUGGUCGGAGAAAUGCUCUUGGACUAGGCGCGGCGCUUAUGGCAUUCUGUUUGAUGAUCAAUGGAGCGCUGCAGACCGCGUAUCCACACCAAAUCAAUCAGGCUGCCAAUUACUGUAACAUCUUCUUCAUAUUCUUGUUCACGUUGGGCUACUCAGUUGGCGCUGGACCAACCACAUGGAUCUACUCCUCGGAGAUUUUCCCCGCCAAUGUCCGCGCGAAGGGUCUCGGUAUAGCGGCUUCUGGCCAGUCGAUCGGUGCCAUUAUCGUUGGUCAAGUCUGGCCUGUAGCAGUCUCUAACAUUGGCGCUCGCGUCUACUUUAUCUUCAUGAGUUUUAACCUAUUGUCCUUCGUGCUGGUUUAUACGCUUUACCCGGAGACAGCCAGGAAAACUCUCGAAGAGAUCGACGCCCAUUUUGGCAAGAUAAAUAUGCGCGGCGCCGACGACGGGACGAUUGAUGACUUAAAGGGUGAGACAACGGUGCAAAACAAGGAAGUGAUCGAGAAAGGAGUUUAA